AUGCUGAGAAUCUUAAGCUUUUUGAGCCAUCUCUACUUGAAUCCCAACGAAGAUACUCGCCUUCCAUCAGUUGAUGACUUAAAGAUUGAAAGAGAAGUCCCUAUGCAGGAGGAUUGUAUCUUAGAGCAGAAGGUUCGUGAAAUCAGUAAUGGAAAAUAUGAAUAUUUCCGCAUUGGCAGAAAAGGCUUAGCUGGGCCAGAGCACGGUGUUAGUGGUCGAGCUGGGUCUGACCAUGGUGUUAGUGGUCGAGCUGGGCUUGAGCCUGGUAGCCAUCUAUUUUUCCACCCUAACUCUUGUGGGCUUAUGGGCCCAUUGGUCCAUGAGUUUGGGCCCCGUGCGCAUGAGUUUUUAGACAGCAACCACUUGCUUAACGCCAUGAGUCAAGAGUCUAGCCCUGACGAACUUGUCACUCCUACUGCGUCUAGGAAAGGAAGGAAGAAAUCCAAUUGCCUAACUAACAUUAAGACUUGCCCGAAGGAGAUGAGGAAAGACAUUAACGAACUCCGUGAUCAGAGCAAGGACAUCAUGGAGGAAGCCGAGAAGACUCAUACAGGAAGACAACGAAGGCUAGAAGAGUGGCUUCAAGAACAUGGAGAUCCUCAAUGCGGUGGACCCCAACACGAGGUGAACUUCAAUGUGUGGGACAUGAAAGGGGUGAGAGCCAUCCCCGAUCUCCUAAUGGAAUGA